AUGGAGGACUAUGCGCCCAGCCGCUAUAAAAUGCUUGAGAAAAUCGGCGAAGGCGUCCAUGGCUGCGUGUUUAAGGCCAUCGAUCUGCAGCGCAACAAGGAGGUGGCCAUCAAGAAGGUGGCCCUUAAGAACAAGUUCGGAAACAUAGCCCUAAAUACUUUGAGGGAAAUCAAGACCCUGCAGCUUUGCAAGUCUGAAUAUAUUCUGGACAUCAUUGAUAUAUAUCCUGACCUAACUGGUCUCUCCUUGGUGCUGGAAUACCAGCCGGACACUCUGUACAACCGCCUCAAGAGCGAGGUUAAUCCCCUGAGCCGCCAGCAGGUGCGUAAGUUUGCACACCAAAUGUUCAAGGGGAUUGCAUAUCUGCAUGAAGCGGGUCUCAUGCACCGGGAUAUUAAACCCGCCAAUCUGCUUAUCAGCGAUACAGAUAUGCUUAAGAUUGCCGAUUUCGGACUGGCCCGUCUGUACUUCCCUGAAGACGAGUCGCGCCUUUAUUCGCCUCAGGUCUCAACCCGGUGGUAUCGAGCGCCAGAGAUUCUAUUUGGCAGCCAGAAGUAUGGAACCGGAGUGGAUAUGUGGGCGGCAGGUUGUGUUGUGGCGGAGAUGCUACGCGGAGUGCCCCUGUUUGCGGGAACCACCGACAUCGAGCAAUUAGCCAUCAUCAUUCGCACUCUGGGCAGCCCACGUCUGAAUCAGUGGCCAGAGCUGACUUCUCUGCCGGAUUACAGCAAGAUACGGUUUCCCAACUCCGUGGGCAUUCACUGGGACAACUUGUUUCCCAGCUGCACACAUGCGGUGGAAAUCAAUCUGGUCUCGAAUCUGGUGGUCUACAAUCCCAAAAACCGACUCAAGGCCAGCGAGGUGGGUUCUGCUUCAAGUUUGACACCGGUUAGGUAUUAUAAUUGGUAA